AUGGACUCUGGGAUGUUCUACCUGAUGAGAUGCUGUUUUGGACAACAAAAUCGUAAGAGCUGGUCACAAACUGACACAGUGCUUUUGCUUGUGGAAAUGCUGACAAAUUCGUCUGCAUUGUUGAUCAACCGUCGAAUCUGCUGUCAGGUUAUACUGAGUGCUCUUUCUGACCCUGUUAAUAUAAUAAAUAUGGAGUCUAAUAAAGAUGAAGCAACCCGGGCAAAGUCAAUUGCUGAGAGCAUGAUAGAGCAGAUGGAUUAUCUCGGUGCAAAGAAGUUAGCGCUGAAAGCUCAAGCUUUAUAUCCAGAGCUUUCUGGUAUUACACAGCUGCUGUCAACAUUGGAUGUGUAUCUAUCUGGGGAGAAGAUAGAUGGGGAAGUUAUGCUGAGUGCUCUUUCUGACCCUGUUAAUAUAACAAAUAUGGAGUGCAAUAAAGAUGAAGUAACCCGGGCAAAGUUAAUUGCUGAGAGCAUGAUAGAACAGAUGGAUUAUCUCGGUGCAAAGAAGUUAGCGCUGAAAGCUCAAGCUUUAUAUCCAGAGCUUUCUGGUAUUACACAGCUGCUGUCAACAUUGGAUGUGUAUCUAUCUGGGGAGAAGAUAGAUGGGGAAGUAGAUUGGUAUCGAGUGCUAUGUGUGAACCCUUCAGAUGAUCACGAAACCAUAAAAAAGCAGUUCAAGAAGCUUGCACUAAAGCUGCACCCAGAUAAAAAUACUUCUAUUGGGGCAGAUGGCGCAUUUAAACUCAUUUCAGAAGCCUGGAAUUUGCUAUCCGAUGAAGGAAAGAGGGUGGCAUAUAACCAAAGGAGGGGAUAG